CUCGCUCCAGUCCCCGCUCCGCCGCUGCGCGAUCAGAGGCCUCGCGCGGCUGCUGCUCCAGCCCGGCUCCGGCCACCUGCGCUCCAGCCCGGGCACGCGUCCCCGCGACCCGCUCGCCGCUCCUCGGCACUCGGGGGCCCCCCCGGUCUGCACCCUGGAGCGCCGCGCCGCGAGCCUCUGCCCGCCCCUCUGCCUCGUCGCGACCGGGAGAGGACCUUCGCUGCCACAUUGGCCCUGUAACUCUGGCUGGACCGCUCACCCCUUGGGUAAGACGGGCAUCCCCAGAGGAUGGCGGACGAGGACCUCAUCUUCCGCAUGGAAGGCGUGUAUGGUGGCCUGGCCUCCUGGGGCGGCCACCAUGGUGACUCUGAUACAGACAGCGACGAGGAAGAAGGCUGCUUUAUCUGCCCCAUCACUGAUGACCCCGGGUCCAACCAGAAUGUCAAUUCCAGGGUCAGUAACUACUACAGCCACCUAGUGAAAAAUGAGCAGUAUGGCUCCAGCGGGUCCCCGGCCGGCUCCUUCCACGUCAAGGAGGCCUGGAAGCAUGCAAUCGAGAAGGCCAAGCACAUGCCUGACCCCUGGGCUGAGUUCCACCUCGAGGACAUUGCCAAAGAAAAUGCUACUCGCUACAGGUACAAUGCUGUCACCGGGAAGUGGCAAGAAGAUGAAGUUGUGAUCAAGAUGGCAUCUGAGCCCUUCGGCCGUGGAGCCAUGAGGGAGUGCUUCAGGACGAAGAAGCUGUCCAACUUCCUGCAUGCCCAGCAGUGGAAGGGGGCCUCCAACUACGUGGCAAAGCGCUACAUUGAGACAGUGGACAGGGACGUGUACUUUGAGGACGUGCGUCUGCAGAUGGAGGCCAAGCUCUGGGGGCAGGAAUAUAACCGGCACAAGCCCCCCAAGCAGGUGGACAUCAUGCAGAUGUGCAUCAUUGAGCUGAAGGAGAGACCAGGCAAGCCCCUCUUCCACCUGGAGCACUACAUUGAGGGCAAAUACAUCAAGUACAACUCCAACUCAGGAUUUGUCCGUGAUGACAACAUCCGCCUGACACCACAGGCUUUCAGCCACUUCACGUUUGAGCGUUCUGGCCAUCAGCUGAUUGUGGUGGACAUUCAGGGUGUGGGUGACCUCUAUACUGAUCCGCAGAUUCACACCGAGGCGGGCACAGACUUCGGAGAUGGCAACCUAGGUGUCCGGGGCAUGGCUCUAUUCUUCUACUCUCAUGCCUGCAACCGGAUUUGCAGGAGCAUGCAUCUGGCUCCUUUUGACCUCUCCCCACGGGAGCAGGAUGCAGUGAAUAAGAACACCAAGCUGCUGCAGUCAGCCAAGACCAUGCUGAGGGGGACAGAGGAGAAGUGUGGGAGUCCCCAAGUCAGGACCCUCUCUGCCAGUCGGCCCCCGCUGCUCCUUCACCUGUCAGAGAACUCUGGAGAUGAGAACAUGAGUGACGUGGCCUUCGACUCUCUCUCUUCCUCUCCUUCUCCGGCCACCCCACAAAGCCAGAAACUGAACCUCUUCCAUUGGCCCGCAUUUGGUGACCCUGAUAACAUGGCGCCCAGAGACCCCGACCAUCUGCACAACCACUGGGACUCUCAGACCAGUGGGGAUAGUGGAUACCCCAGUGAGAAGAGGGGUAAGCUGGAUGACCCUGAGCCCCAAGAACACGGCCACUCGAAUGGCAGUCGGAGGUCAGAGUCUGACGAAGACAGCCUGGGCAGCGAGGGACGGGUCUGUGUGGAGAAGUGGAACCUCCUCAACCCCUCCCGCCUCCACCUGCCGAGGCCGUCGGCCGUGGCCCUGGAAGUACAGCGGCUUAACGCUCUGCACCUCGAAAGGAAGAUCGGGAAGUCCGUCUUGGGGAAGGUCCACCUGGCCAUGGUGCGCUACCACGAGGGCGGGCGCUUCUGCAAGAAGGACGCGGCGUGGGACCGCGAGUCUGCCGUCUUCCACCUGGAGCAGGCGGCCGACCUGGGCGAGCUGGAGGCCAUCGUGGGGCUGGGGCUCAUGUUCUCUCAGCGGCCCCACCGCAUCCUGGCCAACGUCUCUGUGGAGGAAACGGAAGAGAAUAAAACAAAAGGAUUUGACUACUUACUGAAGGCAGCUGAAGCUGGUGACAGACAAUCCAUGAUCCUCGUGGCGAGAGCUUUUGACACGGGCCAGAACCUCAGCCCCGACAGGUGCCUCGACUGGGUGCAGGCCCUGCACUGGUACAACACUGCGCUGGAGACCACAGACUGUGACGAGGGCGGUGAGUUCGACGGGAUGCAGGACGAGCCCCGGUACGCGCUGCUGGCCCGGGAGGCCGAGAUGCUGCUUGUGGGCGGCUGCGGCCUGGAGAAGGACCCGCAGAGAGCAGGCGACUUGUACACCCAGGCGGCGGAGGCAGCGAUGGAAGCCAUGAAGGGCCGACUGGCCAACCAGUACUAUGAGAAGGCAGAGGAGGCCUGGGCCGAGAUGGAGGAAUAAUGCACCAGGAAAAUGACUGCCAGCUGGCCCGAAGCAAAGGGCUAGAAAGGACUCAAGACUCGUUUUAUUUGGGAGGGGGAAAGUAUUUUUGUGGUGCUGUAAAUUGUAUUUUGUAUUUCACUUUUUGACUCUUGAAAAAGUCUUUGCUACCAGCAGAGACACUACAGCUGUCGCCUAAGACAGUAUUUUGGGGGAGUGGGGUUUGAAAAUGCAGCCUAACAAACCGACGUAUUGUUUUAAGGUUCUGUUUUGAUUUUCUUUUAUUUUUGGUACCAGAGAUCGAACUCGGGACCUUGAGCUUAUGAGGCAGGUGGUGGCACCACUGAGCUAAAUCCCUGGACUGAUUUUCUUGUCGUAAGAUGUAAGCGGGUGCUUUUUGGUCUUGGAUGAAGAUUAUUGGGGCUUUGAUCACCAGCUUUUCAGGCUGGACUCAAAUUUUAGGUCCUGGGAGCCCUAGGUUUUAUGGGAAACGUGGAAUUGCACUUUUGCUUUCCAUGGGAUGUGUUUUGUCCUUAGUACAAAGCCUUCUUUCUCCAAGCAUUUGGAAGCAUGCACAGCAUUUAUCAGUGGAUGUGAGAUUGUUCAACACCUAGGCUCUCUUCUUUCUACACUUGGAAAGGGCCUACACGUAACUUGGCAUUGUCUCACUUUUUAGUUUAAUUUCUUCCCACCACAGAACUGAUUUUCUGGCAUACAGCCUAAUUCCACUUUUUAAAGCAUGCUUUUUACUGUGGGCUUUAUACAAGAGGUUUGAUUUUUGUAUGCACACAUUCACUACCUCUAGCUCCUGUGUCAGCUCUGUGGAGGAGGGUGCGGCUUCAAGCUUUUCCUUGCAUGUCCUCCAGGCAGACGUUAUGCCGUACCUCGGUGGCUGCAUCUUCGAGGGGACUGAGGUGCCCUUGUCCAGUAGCCCUGGCUCUGUGAAGAUGCCCUGCAGAAUCCGCUCCCAGCCCUCGUCCUUGACAUUUUCUGCUUGAAGCUGUGCUGCUUUUCUUGUCAUUUGUGGCAGUCUGCUUUCAGCAGCAGCCCCUUGAGAUUUAUUGAAGAUGUUUGAGAACGAGAGGGCAAGAACUGUAAACACUCAUUAAUUCCAGUCAUUUCCCCAGGGCCAGGCUAUGGGUAUCUUUAUUUAACGACCUUUCUUUUUUUUAAAAGGAGUUCAGAUGUAAUAUUAAUAUGAUUUCAGUUAUUUCAAGUAGCCAAGAAACCAGACUGUUUUGAUCAACCACAAAUGCUAGAGCAGCGACUUUCUUUAAGAAUCAAACCCAAAAGAGCAGAGUGUAAUACAUGAGCCAUUCUUACCUGUUCAUGAAAACAGGACCCUGAGGGCCAGGGAUAUUUAGCUCAGUGGUUCCGCCGCCUGUCUCGAAAGUGCAAGGUCCCUGGUUCCAUCCCUGGUACCAAAAAGCCCCGCAAAAACACAGGGCCCCGAGCGCCUUAGUGUUGAGCUAUGCAGAGUCAGGAACUUGUUCAAGCCUUGGAUCUCGAAGUCUGGAGUAGCGCACCCUCCAAGGAAAAAACAAGUAAAGUCAAAAUUACCCUUGAAAAGUGCCCCAGUCCACCCAGAAAUGACAGUAUUCCCAGUUCCUGUGUGCGAAUGCUUCACAGCCAGUCUUCUUUUAGAAGUCCACACUACUCACUCUUUUCAUGCGUACCAGCUGGCUUGUGGUGAGCUCUGUGUGCUUUGAGCCAGUGCAUAUAGUUAAACUACACGUGAUAAGUGUUGGAAGCAGCUUUACUGAGAGGUAUCUCUUCAGAGUAAUCAAGCAUCCUGAUUCAUGCUUUCUUCUUGUUUUAGCCAACUUCUUCUCUCUGCAAUUUUAAUAUGCAAAUAAUUAUGUUUUCUGACUACUACCUGUCUAAUUUCUCAGUUGCAUGUCGUCUCUUCUCUAGCAGGAAUUGGCAGACUUUUUGGUAAAGAGCCAGACAGUAAAGACUUUGGGCUUUACCAGCCACCCGGCCUCUGUUGGAACUACUCAACCCUGUUGAAGUGCAAAUUGGCAUAGCUGCGUGAAUGUGGCUAGUGUUCCAAUAAAACUUUAUUGACAAAAAGUAGUGGCCCUCUUGGGCCAUAGUUUGUCAACCCUUGCUCUCACCCUUAGCCAAGAGCUACUUUUUAAAGUCCUGAAGGCAGGGGCUGUCCCAACUUUGUUUAAAAACACAGUGCCCCAGCCGAGUUGGUACUGCAUGAAUGUGUGAACAAACGGAGCCGGCUGUAAUCACUGCACUCUUUUUGAGGCUCUGCUUCCUCCAAUCAAUACUUGGUUGUCUGGAUUGCCUGAGAUGUCACGCCUGCACUUCCAUUCCUGCCCACACACGUGGCCUUGCUGUCAGGAGAUGGUCUCUUUCUCCUCCGAAGGCUGGGACGACCUGGACACAGCCACACAGAUGUGGCUUCCUCUCGCAGUGCUGGGGAUGGAACCCAGGGCCUCACACAGACUAGGCAAACACUCUCCCCACUGAGCUAGGUCCCCAGUCCUUUUUGAGACAGGAUCUUGUUAAAUUGCCUGGGCUGGGCUUCAACUUGGGGUCUCACUGCCUCAGCCUCCUGAGUAGCCAGGAUUACAGGUGCGCACCAUGGCUCUAGGCAGCAAGUAUUUCUAUAAGGACUCCUGAGAGCAAAAAAGAAUCAUGCAAGAUGUUGAGAUCCUUCUGCUCCAGCAGAAGCGCUGACACAACCUUCAAAAAUUAGUUCAGUGCCUUCUAAAGCAGGUCAGGACAUCUUUUUCCACAAGAGUAGGCAUGGCAAAAAAAAAAAAUAAAGCAAACCCAGGACAUUGCAGCCCAAUUAGGAAGACAUCAGUGACUAUCUUCAAGCUCCAGAAGCAUGUCAACAAGUCCAGAUGAGCAGAGCCAGGAUUAUCUGGUGCCUUGUUUCUCAGAUGGAGACACCAGGCUCUCAGUAGAUCCUCUCAGGUAAAUACUGCUGGAGGAUCCUGGGGAUGACAUUUAAAAUGAAACUGGACUUUACUACAUGUAAAAGAAAAAUUAACUAGAGCUGGGGAUGUAGCUGGUAGAGCACUUGCCUAGCAUGCCUGAGGCCCUGUGUUCAACCCCAGAACUGUAAAAAAUAAAUGUGGGUGGGCUUUCUGGCUAUAAGAAAGAAGGAAAGAACUCCUAGAUUCCAGUGCUUCAGAAUAUCCCCCUCCUUCUCACCCGAGGCGUUGUGGAAGUUUAUCUUCCAGUGCUCUUGUUUUAAUGAUUUCAUUUCCUUCUGUCCCAGCAGCUUUGCCUGUGGACUGACAUGUUUUACAGUCAACAUUGUUUACGCAAGUCUGAGGAGGCAGAGAAGGAAACAAGAUGACAAUAUGCAUGUUCUCUGUGUGGAUUUGUAUCUCUUGUGUUUCUGGUCUCUGAGGUAAACAUUUCAUCUCCUCAAGGGGGCCCUGAGUGGGACCCAGAAAAGUGACGAGUUACAGAUUUAUUUUUGUAUAUGUACUAAAUUCCACUUUAUCUUCCCAAAUAAAAUGGUUUCUUUCUUUCCUAUCUCAAAUUCAAAUGCCUCCUAGAGGCUGAAUACAGUAAACUGGAUGGUCAUACUCCCUCAGAAAGGGGCGGCUGUGAUUCACCUUCACCGGAAGUGUGGGCCCAAAGUAGAGACCCAUUUGUAGUUUAAGAGCUGCUUUAAAAAAAUUUUUUUUUAAUUUUUACAUAUGAUAUCCUGAUUUUUAACAUUUGUAAUAAAUUCUAAUAAAGCCUUUCAGAUUUGGC